AUGGAGCGCAUUCGAAGCUUCAACCAGCCCUCCAGCAACAGAAGUCUGCUUUUCAACUUCCAUGGCCGCCUUCCGGUGAACCACGACUACUAUGAGAAGGUCGGGGUUCGUCGAGCGCUUCUCCAGUUCGCGGAGCUGCCGGAUGUGAGCGUGGGUGGCUUCAUCGAGGAGUACUUUGAAGUUAUGGGCAAAAGCCAUUUCUGCCUUGUACCGGAGGGCACAUCCUCCUGGACGAACCACCUCUACGAAAGCUUCUUCGCUGGCUGCAUCCCACUGAUUCUUUCGGAUCGCUAUGUCCUGCCCUUCCAGGAUCUCAUCGACUGGCCCUCCAUCAGCAUACGCUGGCCGCAGGAAGCAGUUUCUCUGGAGAUGUACAUGUACAUCAAGGACCUCGUCGGCAAGCGUCGCCCACUAGUGGAAGCCAUCAAGCAGCGGGUGGACGAACAUGCCUGUUGGUUUGACUUCUAUCGCUUUGACCGGGACUGCUCGCCAUAUCGCGGCGUGGUUCACGACCUGGAGCGGCGCCAUCAGAACAUGCCGAAGUGCCUUGAUAGUUUCGAUUCUGUUUGA